AUGUCCCAAACCACCACCGUCGAACUCACAACCCCGGCUUCUGCCCUGCUUGCACCAAAGCUACCUGCAGUCCAGGAUGAUGGCAUCCCGCCUCAAAGAAAUCCUGAAACAACACCGGAGCAGCCUGCUUUACGGAACGGCUCUACUGCGGUAAUAUUUGUGUCUGUGACGGGUGUUACAGGCAUUAGCAGUCUGCUCGCUGGCUUGAUAACGGUCAUCCUACCGACGUUGGCAAAGGACCUGCACCUUCCUGAUUCUGUUCUUCUAUGGCCUUCGUCAAUCUAUGCCCUAACAUGCGGUUGCUCACUGAUUCUUUCGGGAGCUGUGGCCGACGUGGUAGGCAACCGCUUCAUGUACCUGCUUGGAUGUCUCCUGCAAUGUGCAUUCACAUUGGCAUGCGGAUUAGCGCAAAGCAGCUUGCAGUUACUUUUCUUCCGCGCCCUUGCCGGCAUCGCAAUUGCUUUCUGUCUGCCCUCCGCCGUGAGUCUCAUCACGUCGUAUUUCCCUCACGGACGGCGUCGCAACUUUGCGUUUGCAAUGAUGGGUGCUGGUCAGCCGGUGGGCUUCUCAGUAGGCCUCGUCGUGGGCGGGAUCCUGACCGACGGACCUGGGUGGCGGUCGGGCUUCUAUAUCGCAGCCGCCAUUAACGCUGUCAUUUUCGCUCUGGCUGUCGCCGGUCUGCCAAAACCAGCACAGCCAACGCGGCUAUCAGUCAAGAGACUGGCAUCAGAGAUUGACUGGCCGGGAGCUUUGAUCCUCAGCACCUCGCUAGGUCUCCUCUCUUACGUUUUUGCUGUCUUGACUGGCAAUGUUUCAAGUAUCAAGUCACCUGCAAACAUAGCAUGUUUGUCAACUGCGGUGGCUCUGAUUCCAGCGUUUAUCUUGUGGGUCAGCCGGCAGGAGAAGCUCAACCGCCCAGCAAUCAUACCGAACUCGCUGUGGGGGAACAGGAUCUUCACUAGCAUUUGCAUCGACGUCUUUCUGGCUUGGGGAGCAUUCAAUGCAACCGAGACCCUUCUAACCUUCUUUUUCCAGGAUAUUCAACGACUCAGCGCCACUCAAACUUCUCUGCGGUUUUUGCCAGCUCCGGCUGCUGGUAUCAUCACGAACAUUCUCAUGGGUCUGGCGGUGCACAAAGUUCGCGCGGACUGGGCUGUUAUCUUCACCAUGGCCAUCUCCUGUAUUUCACCUCUACUCGUUGCCAUCAUGAGAGUUCGCGCGUCUUACUGGGAGUACGUUUUCCCAGCUAUAACGCUAAAUGCUAUAGGCCCAGACGUUCUCUUCACUGUUUCCAACUUGGUCAUCACCGCCGCAUUUCCAGAGAAGACCCAAGCAUUGGCUGGAGGAGUCUUCAAUACCGUGGCACAAAUCGGCAAAAGUGUCGGGCUUGCACUGUCUGCGGUCAUCGCGGGAAGCAUCACGAUGCAGUCAGACUAUCCUGAUAAACAUGCACCAAAGGCACUGAUGGAGGGUUACAGAGCAGCAUUCUGGUUCUGCCUAGCCGUGACGUCAACCACCCUCGUAGUGAGUCUUUGGGGUUUGAGGAACAUUGGGAAGAUCGGGUUGAAGCGAGACUGA